UGCAGGGAAAUAUCUGUUCAAUAAUACAUGAAAAGAAACACUUGAAACCGAUAAAUAAGAUUAGUCUGAAAGCACGAUAAUGGUUGGUAUAUAAACAAUGGAACGAUUGAGGAAAUAUCAAUUUUAAUUUGUGCAUCAGAGAUUAACAGCUCAGUAUGAAAUUCAUUAUCGCAUUGGUUGCUACUUUAGUAGCAUGCUCCGAAGCUGUCCGCUUCAACAUCCAAAACCUAGACGGAGGUCCAAUCUGGAUAGGUAUCCAAGGCAACCCAGGCAAAGAGAACUUGGCCAAUGGUGGAUUCAAACUUGCCCAAGGAGAGUCUAGAAGUCUGGAUGCUGCCAGCGACUGGGCAGGAAGGUUCUGGUCCAGGACUUGGUGUUACGAAGAUCAGGACAACCAUUGUUACACUGGUGACUGUGGCAACAAGGUUGAAUGCAAUGGUGCCGGUGGUACUCCUCCUGUAACACUGAUUGAAAUCACUCUGAACGGAUAUGGAAACAUUGACUAUUAUGACAUUUCUUUGGUUGACGGAUACAACAGUAUGGCUUCGAUCGAACCGGUUAACGGCAACGGCGACGGAGGCGAGUACAGCUGCAAACAAGCCAAAUGCGCCACCAACAUCAACGGCCAAUGUCCCUCCGAACUCCAGAUCCUCAGCCCCGACGGCAGUCAGGUCAUUGCUUGUAAUUCCGCUUGU